UGAUGGAAGAAAAAAAAGACAAUUGGAGAAGGGGGCUGCCCUUUACAUAAAAGUAAUAUUUUUAAAAUAACGAGGGAAUAUUUAGCUGUGGGACCCCCGUGAAAUAAGUGCUCCUCUCCAUUUGUCUGGAUUCCACAAAUUCAGCUCACUCUUCAGGUCUGUUGGGACCAGUUUUUGACGUCUUUCUGCAUUGUUACCCCCACACAGUCUUUGGAUUUUAUUGUGAAGAACUGCCCUCUUUAAUAUGAAUAAGAAAGGCAACUAAUGCAUUUCUGUCCUGCAUGUUCAAAUGCUUUGUGUCUGGUGCUCUUAGCUCAGUCCUCCUAUUGUGAUGGCAGUGCAAGACCCUGGCAGGACAACAGGUUUUCCUUGCAAACAGUGUGGCAUGGUGUGUCCCAGUAUGCCCAGUCUGGUGGAACAUAUGGAUUGCCAUCAUCAGCGAGAUGAAGAACGCAAGUUUAAAUGCGAUGAAUGUGGACGUGGCUACAGGCACGCUGGUAGCCUAACUAACCACAAAAAGACUCAUGAAGUAGGUUCUUUUCAGUGUAACAUAUGUGGAAAGGAAAACUCCAAUGCCUCAGCCUUGAAGAGUCAUCUCCGCAGCCACACUUCUCUAAAAAAGUAUUCCUGUGUGGAAUGUGGAAAAGCUUUUCGUCUGGCAACACAGCUAGCUACACAUGAGAGGGUUCACCUUACCAGACGAGCAAAAGAGCAGUCAUUGCUGAAUGUAGACAUGGAAUAUUCCUCACAUGAAAAUAGGCACGAACUUGAAAACGAUCACCUGCAUCAUGUUAGUGAGCACUUGACCAGUGUUGGGAUUUCCACAGUAAAUAGCCCAUCCGAGGACAAGACUGAGGUUACUUAUAAUCUACAAUCCGAGAACUUGGAGGAUGCAGUAAAUCGACCAUUCAGAUGUGAUUUAUGUGACAAGUCAUAUAUACACCAUCGAAGCUUGACCAACCAUAAAAAGACUCACCAAGUGGGAACAUUCGAGUGCACAGUAUGUUUCAAACUGUUCAAUAACAUGGCUGCCCUUUACAGUCAUCAGAGAACUCACAAGGCAAGAAGCGGGACUGACCUCAGUUCAAUAGGUGGGUCGUAUACAGGCACACCUGUGGACCAGUUUUCACCUCAGAGCCAAGAUGCUCCAGUAAAUUUUUGCCAUUUAUGUCAGGUACUUUUCCCUAACAAUGAGGAGUUCCAGGAGCACAUCCAAAUGCACAACUCUUCAUCUUUGUCAUUUGGCCUUCAAGAUUCUUUGUCAGAGAACCAUAAUAUGUCAUAUGAAAACAGUAUUGCUUCACCUGAGUCGAACUUUUAUGCUUCUCCUAUAAACAGUAUUCUUCCAGUGUCAUCAACAGAUAAUCAUGGAGACUUUGAAUCACAAGAGAAGAUUAGAAGUAAUGGUCACAUGUACUCUGACUGCUCUAGUAAUCAAACCCCAUCGGCCAAUAGCACUCAGGGAGAACCCCCAGUCAUGGACACAAACACUCUCAGUCCUACCCUGAUGCCCACACAAAACAAUUGCAAUGCACCUGAAAUUGAAGCGACUUCAACUGUAGAUUGUGAUGAGCGUCCUUUCAAGUGUCAGAUCUGUGGUAAAAGCUACCGGCACUCUGGGAGCCUCAUCAACCACAAAAGAUCACAUCAGGUUGGGAUUUACCAGUGUUCCAUCUGCAGAAAGAAUUACCCUCACCUGGCAGCCCUCAAAAGUCAUCUUCGCCUCCACAAAGCUCAGCCGUCUUCUUUUAACCUCAGUGGUGAGGGAGACUGGCUCUCCUCAGAGCCUCUGACUUUGGAUAACCAGCAGGGCUCCUUCUCCUCCCAGGACGAAGAGGAGAACAGUGCUCACCCUGUGCUUUGCAUGGAUCAGGAGAAUGGAGUUGAUUGCAGCAAUGGAUCACUGUACCACAAGCAGUUUAAUCAGGACUUCUCCCAGGACAUGACUGUGCAUCUACCUCACAAUGAACACCUGAUGCAGAGGCACAUGUGUGCAGACUGUGGAGAGACUUUUGCAGAUAUUGCAGGGAUUAAGUCUCACUGCUGCCCAUUGCUGCAGCAGCAGCAUAACACUACUAAUGGUGACUAUGACAACUGUUUAAACUUCCAGGUUAGUAAUGGCCAUUGUGAAGCUGGAAAUCUAGGAAGUACUGUAGAGUUCCAGGGUUUGAAUGCUAGGCACAACCAAAGUCACUUUGAGCAAAAUUUCCAAGAAAAUGUUGGUGGUGACCGGCUGAAUGGUGGCCAAGAAGAAGUUGACACAGACGAGGAAGAUGAUGGUGACCUGUAUCAGUGCUCCAUAUGUGGCAACAGCUACACAACCAUGAGGGCUCUCAGGAGCCAUCUUCGAGGGCACACGCAGUCUCACGGCACUCCUGCAAGCUCAGGGCCUUCUUCCAUGUCCUCUCAUGAAGAAGUGAAAGACGAGGAGUCAGGAGAGAUGAUGAUCUGUAGUACAUGUGGGGAAAGUUUUGCCAAUAAGCAAGACUUGAUUACUCAUCAGCUUGUACACAAUCAGGGCCAGGUAGAUAAUGCUAUGCAUUUCCACAUGAAUAGUGAUGUUUCUGAAAGCAAAGAGGAAGCACAGAACAUUAUAUGUGGAAGCUGUGGUAUCUUCUGCACCAGCUACCAUCAUCUUGAGAACCAUAACUGCACAGCUGAGAGGAAACAUGAGUUAGUGGACAGCAAAGAGGAAGUCAAAGUAAACAAGGUUUCCCAGCAUGAAGACAGCAUCAAACAAACAGUCAAUACUGAGAAUCGUCAAUACAAGUGUGAUCAGUGUGGCCGGUCAUACAGGCACGCCGGCUCCCUCCUCAACCAUAAAAAGUCUCACAAAACGGGUGUUUUCAGGUGUCUUGUCUGCCAGAAACGCUUCUACAACCUGCUGGCCCUUAAAAACCAUCAGAGAUCCCACUUUGACAUUAAGAGGCAUACUUGUCAUGAGUGUGGGAAAGCUUUCAAAAUUCAGAAACAGCUAUUGAAUCACCUGAGAAGGCACAAAGAGAACCAAGCCAAAAUCCAGGAACUCAACAACCAGAUCCAGGCCCUUAUGCAGAUGAAUGGGACCAGGUCAGAGGGAGGAAUGCAGCCCUUAGCUUCAAAUGCCAAUCAGGAUUGUAAUUCUCCUCAGUGCUGUGAGGAGCUGACUGAAGAAAGGACAGUACAGACAAAUUCAAAGAUGUCAGUAAAAACAGAGGACACUGGUGACCGGCGACCUUUUGCCUGUGACCAGUGUGGUCGCACGUAUCGCCAUGCUGGAAGUUUGGUUAACCACAGAAACUCUCAUAAAACAGGUGAAUAUUACUGCUCUGUUUGUAACAACACUUACUCUAACCAGCUAGCAAUGAAGAACCACUUGCGCACCCACUUUGCAUAUAAAAGGCACUCUUGCCAAAACUGUGGAAAGGGCUUUAGAGGAAAGAAGCAGCUUUUAGCUCACGUCUGUGGAGACCUCAGAAAGGAUGGGUCUGGAGUAAGAAGAGGCCUAAAAUCUAAAGCCUUUAAGUGUAAGGAAUGUAAGCAGGCCUUUUUCUCUGCUGACCAACUGGCAGCCCACACCUGUGAUCAACCUUCAGGUAGCAGGGAAGCAGAUUUAAAUGCUUCUCCAAAUAAAGAGGAGCGGCCUUUCAUGUGCAACAUAUGUAAUCGCAGCUAUCGCCACGCAGGCUCACUGUUGAAUCACAAAAAUACCCACAAGACGGGACACUACUGUUGCACCUUCUGUUCUAAGCCCUUCACUAACCCCAUGGCUUUACGCAAUCACACGCGCAUCCACACACAGAAGAAAAAGUAUGUGUGUCUCACAUGUGGAAAGGCCUUCCGUCUCGCCAGCAUCCUGCACAAUCACCAGAGGGUCCACAAUCGGGCGGUGAGUCACUUCAGCUGUCCUUCAUGUGGGAAGAGCUUCCAGGGCAGGUCUGGCUUGAAGAGGCACCGCUGCCGCAGAGGUCAGAAGAACAUAGGCUCUGGAGUCCAGCAGUCAGAGAGAGGAGACAGGUGUUUCAUGUGUGACCUGUGUGGACGCUCCUAUCGCCAUGCUGGCUCCCUUCUCAACCAUAAAAAGACGCACUCCGAAAACCUCCACCACUGUACCUUGUGUCUCCAAACAUUUCCUGAUCCUGUCACUCUGCAGGUACACUCCCAGAUGAGGCGUCACUGCUGCCCCGAAUGUGGCAAGACCUUCUGUCUGGUCGCCCACCUGCAGAGCCACAUGGAGGUGCACUCAAAGGACCAGGCUGUGGUCUGCAGCUUGUGUCAGCAGAGCUUUCCCAGCACAGCCAGCUAUCAGGAGCACCAAAACAUGCACCACAUGGCUCAGGACCACUACCAACAAGGCCAGGAUGAACCUAUAGAUAACAGACUCUGCUGGGACUCAGGAGUUAAUCGGUCCAUGGGAAUGGGAGGGAUGCGCAAUGAAGUUCCACCACCUUUGUCCCAUAUUCCAGAAAGCAUCACUGAUUCACCGAAGAAUAACGGCACUUCUGCGACAGAGGAGAAGAGCCACGUCUGCGAGCACUGUGGACGUACUUACCGCCACGCCGGCUCCCUCCUCAACCACAAGAACAGCCACAAAACGGGCUCCUUCUUCUGCUCAGUGUGCCAGAAAGAGUUCACCAACCUGAUGGCCCUGAAGAACCACCGGCGCAUUCAUACGGAGCCCAAGCGCUACCAGUGCCUGGAGUGUGGAAAGGCAUUCCGUGUGUCCACUCAGCUCAUAUGUCACCGAAGGAUACACACCAAAGAGAAGCCCUUCGCCUGCCUGCUGUGCGACAAGAGCUUUUCCAGCAAGUCCAACCUGCGGCACCAUCAGAAGAUGCAUCAGAACCCCCAGACCUUCGACUCCUCAUUUAACAUGGAUGCUAAUGCAUUUAUGGACCUAGACAUGGGGUCUUUUCUUUAAAUAAGUACUCCAGAGCAUAGAAAAGAAGAGGACAGAUGGCCCUCUUAUGUUUGUGUUAUUUAUCCCUCUAUCAGUAAUUGUAAAACAGUAUUUUUUUUUUCAGAAAGUGCUUCUUGGUUCUGACAGAUGCUCCUUUGAAGAUACGCACAUUUCAUCACUGACUUCCAGUCUUACCUCCAAAAAAAAAACAGAUGGCGACAUCAGUGAAACGUCUCCAGAGGGAUUAUCAGUCAGCUUUUAAUAAGGCCUGAAUGUUUCCCGUGGAUACGCAGGAUCUCUUAAAACGGAGCAGGUGAUGAAAACAGUCUUCGCUCAUUCCUCAAUGACGAACCAGCCAACCAAAGUGAACAGAGAAGGUCCGUGUAAGAACAUAAAGCUGAUGAUACAUUUUUGUACAACAGUACUGUUACAGCUCUCGCUCUGUAUAAUUGUGUUCAGUGCCUCUGUGAGUUCCUUAGGAAACUAAAUAUACAAACUGUAUAUAUCUCAGAAUCCUUUUGUUAGCUCUGCCAUCAGUGUUGAGGGACUGCUCACCUUCCUUUGGGAUCUCAUAUCGGGCAGGCCGGUUAUUUUUAAGUCAAAUACCUCUGGGUGUGUUUGAAGAUCAGUGGCAAAGUGAUUUACUGAAACCAUAUUAUCAAAUAAAUAGAUGUACCGCUAAUAAUAUUCAAUAUUCAAGUUCACGCCGAGUGACAUUGUAUGCUAAAAUGGAUGUAUUUAUUAAUUUAUUCCUGUUAUUUUCAUGUGCGUAUUAUUUUAUUAAGAAAAACGUUUUCUGAAUGUUGUAAAAAAAAAAAAAUCGUCUUCUAAAACUCAUGUAGCCUUUAAGGGACUUCUCGUCGGUUGUUUUGUUACUCAUUAAUUCUCAGUUACAACAGGCAGGACCGAAUGAGCCAAGGAUGGUGUGUUAUUGUUAGCACUCAGGGUUAACCUUUAAAAGGAACAUACCUGAUGUGUAAAACAUUGUAGAUAAUCAGUUUCUGAACUGAGCUUUUUUUUUUUUUCUCUCCCAUUUCUGCCAUUUUAGCACCUGAAUCCAUCUUUGAGAAUUAUCAUUCACAUUUAAGUGCCAGUGCCUGAAAUGUAUAUUGAUUGUAGCAGUUUAAUGUGAACAAACCUCUCACUGAGCGUUGUACUGUAAACCACAACAGUGAUUUUUUUUUUUCUUUUUUCUUUAAUGGUAAAUUUAAUUGUGAAUUUAUUUAAUGUAGCUUUGGAUCUGGAGCUCCUCAGUUCUAGUUACACUAUCAUAAAACAGUCAAUACAAGCAUUGCAACCAUGAGAUGCGUAUAGAGGUGGAUGACAAAUUAAAGGAAAAAAAACAACCCCCAUUCCCCAAGUCCCUGAAUCUGUACUGAAGGGAUAACCUGUGUUCAUUGUGAGAUAUUCCCUCAUUUGGUGUGUGAGCGCUAACACAAUGGCUCAAAAUAAGAUGUGGUGACCACGCCCAGGCAAACAAUAUGACAUAGUUUUAAUCUUCAUCAGAUCAUUUGUGUUGGGGCAAUAAUCCUGAAGGAGAACAGUCCCAUCUGGAUAGGAAUGAUAUAUUAUUGCAUCCCCCAUGCCAUUAAAAAAAUAAUGCCCCCCACAGUUUAUCAGCGAUGCCAGAUCCCUCCCCUGUAGGCAUCAGAGGUUACUCCACCCCCUCUUUUUUUUUUUCACCUGUCUGUAUGUGGCCACAAUGCCUCAUUUCUACUAAGCACAAGUAUUAAAAUACAAACUCAACAGAGCUUUAUUUAUAAUGACCGACCAGUUUCAUAUUUACUGUACACGUUCAUAAACCUGUUAAUGUUGCAAGAUGUGCAAUUAUUUUUUUAUUCUUGUCUGUUGUGCCUGUUUUUUUUUUUGUUUUGGUUUUUUUCCUGUACUUACAAUUCAGACAUCAAUCAAAAGUAGACACAUGGGAUUUGUUUUUUACAGCAAUGACAAAUUAUUAUUAUUUUUUUUUUAAUUAGCUUUUUUGUUUGGCACUGGUCAUGAAAGCAUGAAAUACCUCCAAUGCCCUGCCUACCUGACAGACUGCUACUCAAAUGCCUCAUACAGCUUAUCUGUAGAAAAUACACUGUAAUCACACGGCUGAAGCAUCAGUUUUUAAGAGUUUGACUUUGUACAGACCGUUUCCUCCUCGUCGCGGUCGUCUGUUUGCAGUUUGUGGUUUUUCAGAUUUAUAUUUGCACGUGUAGACGACACUUGUAGCCUAAGGAGGGUGGGAAGUGGGUAAUAAUUCAGUCUGUUGUUUGUUGCACCAACAAACAAGUCGGCUGCUUGAUGAAUCACCUCAGCUAGUUUGCGGGUUGUAAUGUUUUAAGCAAUAUGCGGAAAGGAUCGUCUCAGUGCACGAAUCGAACGCGUCUCAUUUGUCUUAACCGUUGUACUGAAUACAGUGGCAUCAGAUUCAGUAUACUGAUUCUAAUAUCACAGCUUGCCUUGUGCCAUUUUGUUGCAUUAUUUUAAAUCAUUUGUGCAGUAAUUGUAAUGAUUUAACUGACAUCACUGUCAGGAUUUUUUUUUUUUUUUUUUUUUUAAAUGCCACAGUAGCCUGUAAGGUGUAAAACAACACAUGCACGUUUGAGUUAAACUGACUUGUUUUUGCACCACUGUCUCAGUCGCACCUCCUUUGGCACUUGACCUUUCGCACUGAUCUGUCAUUGAUCACUAUCACAGUCUGCUAUUGUGAUUUGUGUUUAAUUUCAGAACGCUGUAUAUAUAUAUUAGAAGGAAAAUGAUGAUUGGUUCUCUGUACAUUUGUAUUUUCUUCAGCUGAGGAAAACUGCUAGAUUAGUUAUUGUGUAAUUUAAAAAAAACAUAUACUACAUGUUCUCAUUUAUUGGAUUUCAGUGCUAAAAAAUAUCUGCUUAGUAUUUAAUUCAUAUU